UCCUUAACGCUAUAAUACUGUCACCGUCGUGUUUCCGUCGGCCAUUAAUUUAGAUAUUUCGAUUUUCGUGUGCGGCACCGCACUAGUUUUAGAUUCUAUAAUCUUUUGUAUUAAGUAGUUUAACUUUAUGACUUCAAAGCAUCAAUUUAAUUUUUAGUACCGAAAGUGAAACUGUAAAAUGGGUGACCCUUACGCGUCUGGUGAUUAUAGUGGUGGAGGCGGCUAUCCCGCUCAAUAUUCGAUUCCUCCUCCAACUUUAAGCUCGAGUGAGAGUAGUUACAAUCCAGGACAGCAACAAGGAAAUUAUAGUAACCCAAGCGGCUAUUCUGGGCAAAAUUCCGGCCCUGCCUGGAAUCAGCAAAGUUCAGGAAGUGGGAGUGGAAGUAAUUAUGGGGCAAGUCCACAAGAUAAUAAUUUUGGUCAAAAUUUUGGCUCCAAUUAUGGAAGCGGGGGAUAUGAUCGAAAUAAUGGUAACAACUACAACGUGAGUGGAAAUGAGCGCGGAGGAAGUAGCUACGGUAAUAGUGAUCGAGGAAGCAGUUAUGGCGGCAGCGAUCGGGGUAGCGGUAACUACGGCGGUAGUGAUCGCGGUAGUGGCUCUAACUAUGGAGGAGACAGAGGAGGGAGUGGCUACUCUGGUGGUGACCGAGGAUAUGGUGGAGGUGAUAGAUCAAGCUACAAUAGAGACGGGGGGAAUAGAGACGGUGGCUAUGGUGGCGGCGGCAGGGGGGGUGGUUAUAAUAAAGGUGGCGGCGGUGGAUUCGGCGGUGAUAGAGGAGGAGGAGGUGGUGGUGGAGAUAUGAUAACUCAAGAAGAUACUGUUUUCAUACAAGGAAUGAACCCAUCUACAACAGAAGAUGAACUGUGUCAAUUUUUUGGUGCAAUAGGUAUCAUAAAGACAGACAAAAAAACACAAAGACCAAAGGUGUGGAUGUAUAAAGAUAAAGCUACUGGUCAGCCUAAAGGUGAAGCAACAGUCACCUAUGAAGAUUCCAAUGCUGCUUCAUCUGCUAUACAGUGGUUCGAUGGAAAAGAUUUUAAUGGAGCUACAAUAAAAGUGUCACUAGCUCAAAGACAAAAUACCUGGGGCGGUGGCAAAGGAGGCGGUGGCGGCGGUGGUUUCCGCGGUGGCCGAGGUGGUGGUGGCGGCGGCCGAGGUGGCGAUGGAGGAGGAGGCGGCGGCGGGGGCAUGGGUGGCGGUCGAGGCGGCGGUCUACCAUCAGGCAAUCGCGCUGGUGACUGGAGGUGUCCUAAUCCCAGCUGUGGAAAUACGAACUUCUCUUGGCGAAAAGCUUGUAAUCGAUGCAACGAAGAGAAACCGGGUGGCGGAGGCAACGGCGGAGGUGGCAGCGGUGGCAAUGGGGGCAGCGGUGGUGGACCUCCAUCAGGCGGUCGCGGCGGAGGUGGUGGAGGUGGCCCACCGGGAAGAGGCGGUCGUGGUGGUGGUGGUGGUCGUGGCGGUGGACGAGGAGGUGGAGGUGGCGGAGGCGGAGGCAGUUGGGGCAGCCGUCCUGAUCGCAGUGGUGACCGUGGCGGAGACCGGCGUGGUUCCGGCGGUGGCGGCGAUCGUGCGGGCGGCGGCGCAAUGAGAGGCGAUGGAGGAGGCAGAGAUCGCCAGAGACCUUAUUAAAUAGUUUAUGUUUAGUGUUAAUCUGAACCUAGGUUAUUAGGUUAUAAUACUUUGUUGUGACUGAUGCUAUAAAUGUAUUGACUUACUACAAACAAAAAAUAUUACCACAAUAUUGUAAUACUUUUUACAAUACAUUACAAAUGUAUCCAUUCCUGCAGUCAUUGACUUUUAUUUUAUUUCAAAAUUACAAUAUAAUUAUGUAUUUUAUUCAAAUAUAAAAUUAAAGUUACUAAACUAAAACUUACAAUUUGAAAAUAGGAAUAGUUAGUGUGUGUAUGAAUCUGUCAAAGAAUUGAUUUUAUUACUACUUUUAAAAUAUUUGUAGCCUUGUGGUGUUCUUCUAUAAAUAUGUCAACAAAAUAAAGUGGUAAACAAAUUAA